UAGCACAUUCAUACACCAACUUAUUAUAUUUAUUAUUAUUCUUUUCUCACAGUUUCUGGACCCCAAAAAUAGGACCAUAUGGGUUAUUUCAAUGUCCAUAACUUGUUUUUUCUCUUUCUUUUUAGCCUAGCUCUUGUUGCGUCCAUGCAACAAGUUACAGCAAAAAGUUCAAAGAAAGUGAUUCCUUUUAGAGGAAGAAAACAACUAACUAAUUGUAAUCUGUUCUCUGGAAGUUGGGUGAUUGAUAACUCUUCAAAUCCUCUUCUCUAUGACUCUUCAACUUGCCCCUUCUUAGAACCUCAAUUUGAUUGUAAAAAAUUUGGAAGACCAGACACGGAGUAUCUUAGAUAUUCGUGGAAGCCAGAUUCAUGUUCUUUACCAAGGUUUUAUGGUGAGGAUUUCUUGAACAAGUGGAAGGGUAAGAAGAUAAUGUUUGUGGGUGAUUCCUUGAGUCUAAACAUGUGGGAAUCGUUAUCCUGUAUGAUUCACGCGUCUCUUCCAAAUGCUGUUACAACUUUUUCAAAGAGAGACGGAAUAGCUACUGUGAUCUUUAAGGACUAUGGAGUUACCAUACAACUAUAUCGUACACCAUAUUUGGUGGACGUAAUCAAGGAAGAUGUUGGGAACGUUCUUACGUUGGAUUCCAUCAAAGCUGGUAAUACAUGGCUUAACAAUGACAUCUUGAUCUUCAACUCAUGGCAUUGGUGGACUCACACCGGAGUUGAAUCCCAAGGAUGGGAUUAUAUUAGAGAUGGUUCAAAUCUAGUGAAGAACAUGGACCGUUUGGAUGCAUUUUAUAAAGGGUUAACUACUUGGGCUAGUUGGGUUGAUGCAAAUGUUGAUACUACCAAAACUAAACUUUUUUUUCAAGGAAUUUCUCCCACUCAUUACCAAGGUGGAGAUUGGAGUGAACCGAAGAAGACAUGUAAUGGGGAAGUUGAACCGGUACUCGGUCCAACAUAUCCGACGCCUCUACCUCCUCCGACCGACGUAGUGAGCAGAGUGUUGAAGAAUAUGAAGAAGCAAGUUUAUUUGCUUGACAUAACACUCCUCUCACAACUAAGAAAAGAUGCACACCCUUCUGUUUAUACUAAGGAUCAUGGUAAUGACUGUAGUCAUUGGUGCCUACCGGGAUUACCAGAUACUUGGAACAUACUCCUAAAUGCAGCUCUAAUAAUGUAAAAUUAUAUUAUGUGCUAGUUAAAAAAAUGGAGGUUGAAUUCAAUUGAAAUAUAUAUAUAGCAUACUUGAUUGUUGAAGAAUACAUAAUGAAAUUGGAAUUUAUAAGCAUUGAUUAA